AUGGGGUUGGAUGUACGGCUUCAGUUCAACAUGUCUUUCAAAUGUGCACUCUUCACCAUAUUCCUUUUUAUUCUGCCUGUCAUAGGCAUUCAAGACAAACUUAACCCAACUAACCUGCCGAGUCCACUGAAGCAGAAUUCAGGGAUGAGGACUUUAUUUGAAAUGGAACAACGUCGAAUCAAACGGUCAGAGUUCUUCCACUCUGAGGUGAAAGUUUGUCCUCAGGAAUCAGUGAGAGAUGUCAUAGCAAGUCACCAAGCAUACUACACACUAAGAGUUUGCCAGGAGGCCGUGUGGGAGGCUUUCCGGAUCUUUCUGGACAGAAUUCCCAGCAGUUCUGAGUAUCAGAAAUGGGUUCACACGUGCCAGCACGAGUCCUUGUGUAUCUCUGAUCUGGCCGUAAACUUCAGCAAUUCUCAGGAACACAUCGACAUGGUUUACAAGAGGGUGAAUCUGAAUAAUGAACAAGAGUCAGAGCUUCCAAAUGUAGUUCCCGAGCAGCCGGUUCAUCAGGUCAUAGAGUUCAGCAUCACACUGAUGGAUUCUGGGUACCAAGAGAUACUGAAAGACACAGAUUCACCUCAGUAUCACGAUCUGUCACGACAUCUCCAGGAACAGAUGCAACAUGCUUUUGAAGGCAUACCUGGAUAUAUUGAUGUACAGGUGUUAAAGAUUAGGGUUGGAAGAAUAUCAGUGGCAUAUACAGUGGUUUUUGAGGCGGUCGCAGCAAACAUUGCUGAGGAAAGAUCAGACACAGUUGUUUCAUUUGCAGGACAGAGCGUGAAGGAUAUGAUAGUUAAAACUCUCAGGGAAAAGGCAUCUCUUCUUGAUCUGAACUCGCUUACAUUUGACACAGCCAAGAAACCUUCCACAACAUUGAUGUCUGUCACCAAGGUUUCUGAAGACAUCAUAACUGAGUCCUCCAAUCAAGAUUCACACAAAGACCUUAGUUCUCCAACACAUGGAACCAAAGUUUCUUUUUCAUUGUAUCGUGAUGAUAAUGCUUUGGAUUCAACAAUGGCUUCAACUUUUGCCCCAACCAUAGCAAUGAAACCAACAAUGGAGCCUGAGAUUAAAGCGGUCAUUAUACACACGCUUGAAACUGUUCAAGGUGAAAUAAGCGAACUCAUAACCGAAUAUCUUCCGGCCCCACCUGUAAAGGGAGCUCCUAGUGAGGGAGACACCAAAACAAUUCUCACUACAGAUGGAGACAACAAUCUGACUCCAUCAGCUUCUGAUAAUCUCUCACUAGCUCCAAGUGAUGAACUGGUUGGAACAACACUGAACCCUUCACCAGAUAGUGACUUUAAUAUAAAGACCAUACCAGAUGACGUUAUAUUUAAACCAGUAACCACCACCCACAUUUUGUUCACCACUGCAACGAUGGUUACUCUAAAGACUGAGGAACCCAAGUUACCUGUCACCACUGACUCCAGCAUCACCCUACAACCGUCAACUGAGCCAAAUGAUUUCUUACCCCAUGUGACAGAUUCUAAUGAAAUUCCGGAAGUGCCACAACCAAAAAAUCCUGGAAUGGCAGGGAACUCUGAAGUGGCGAUGACUGAACCAGAAGAUGAGAUUACGUCUGAAGUUGAUAAAUUCACAGUUAAGCCUGUAGAGGUAACUGAACCGGCAGAGAGUAUUGUGAAUUCUAAUGAUCGGGUUUUAGGACCUGCAGAAGUGACUGUAGCAACAGAGUUUCUAGUUGAGUAUAACACAUUACAACCAGUUUUGGUGGAACCAAAGGAAGAUAAGACUGUAAAAUCAAGCAAGCAGAAUGUAGAGGAACAAAAGAAGGAGGUUGUUGUCAAAGAACCAGACAACAAGGAAAAUAUGCAACACAAAACCAAGGAAGAGGUUGAAGAUGCUGUUGAGGUAACUGAUCCCAAGGGUGCAACUGAAGUACAGCAAAUUGAAGUACCGCAUAUUGAAGUACCUCAUUUAAUAGAACCUAAAGAAGUGGAUGGAGAUGUUGUGGAACUUCAAAGAGAUGCUCAUGGAUCAGAACUGGAAAAGAUCAACACUGAAGAGACUGAUUUGGGGAUGGCAACUGAAGUACCCAAAUCUACUGAACAUCCUGUAGAGAGGAUCAAGAUUGAACCACCAAUAAUUUCUGUGACAGACACCUACCCUGGAGGACAACCGGAGUUGGACAUCAGUAAGCCUGAACCAGAGUUUAUAGAGGAAGCUCCAGAGAUACCAUUCAUUGUUCCAGAGGGCAAGACUGUAGAACCAGAGGUUCCUGUGGCCGAUGUUCAAUCUACCAUAUCAACUGCAGCAGACUCGCUACCUGAAAUGAUCACUGGACCAGAUUCAAAGGAAGAUAAAGACUUUCUAAGUGAGGAGCAAGAGAUCUCACAUACAGACACUGAAACAGACAAAGUCCCUGUAGAACAUACUGAAGACACUGUAUCACAGCCAGCGGAGACACUUGUGGCCCUUCCAUCCUUGACAACUUUAACUGAAGACCCUGGACUUCUUGAAGCAGUUUUUACGGAUGAAUCCGUGCUCGCUUCAACACCAGUCAAAGAGGAAUAUGAUUCUCCAACUGAAAAAACACAAUCUCCCAUUGCCCAGGCCACUGUACCUGCAGUGCUGGACAAUGUGCACAUUGUGGAAACGGAGGAACCUAUUCAUUUGAAAGACUUGGAUGUAGUAAGUACAGAGACCAUUGACUGGUUGAGUUAUGACGUUAGAUAUUCUUUUCCAGAUGAAGAACGUCCCUUGAUUACAACAAGGGCACCAUCACUCAAGUACAUGACAACUCCCUCAAUGACCACCGCUAGCAACAGCAAAGAGCUUGUUGUGUUUUUUAGCUUGCGUGUCACUAACAUGAUGUUCUCUGAAGAUCUUUUUAACAAGAGCUCUUCGGAAUACAGAUCACUGGAAAACCGAUUUAUUGAACUGCUGCUCCCAUAUCUACAGUCUAACCUUACAGGCUUUAAGCAGUUUGAGAUCCUGAAUUUCAGAAAUGGAAGCGUGGUGGUCAACAGCAAGGUGAAAUUCGGCAAGUCCGUGCCGUAUAACGUCACUCAGGCUGUCCAGUGCGUCCUGGAGGAAUUCUGUGAUGCUGCAGCUCGAGGCUUGGACAUAAAGAUCGACAGUCAUUCUUUAGAUAUAGAACCAGCGGAUGAAGCGGAUCCCUGCAAGUUUCUCGCCUGCAACGAGUUUUCCAAAUGCACUGUGAACCCCUGGACAAAGGAAGCGCAAUGUUUGUGUGAUCCAGGCUAUGUGACGCUGGACGGAUCGCCAUGCCAGAGCCUCUGUGUUGUCCAGACGGAUUUCUGUCUCAAUGGAGGAGAGUGUGAGAUUGUUCCAGGGCAUGGUGCUGCUUGCAGAUGUCCCGUAGGUAAAUUCUGGCACUUUCUCGGGGAGAGAUGUGCAGAGGUGGUCUCCGUGCCUCUAGACCCUUUUCUUUCUCUAGUGUUCCUCGUGGGGGCUCUGGCCUUUCAAUAUGCCAUCAUUACUCUCUUGUUAUCUUUGUGCAGGAUAUGUGUACGGACCAGAAAGACACUAACUCUAGUAGAGCGAGAGCAGACCACCAUACCAGGCCUGACAAGUUAAUCUCAGACGAUUUCUACAUUUAUCACUUUUAUCAGAGAUGGGAACUGUGAUGCUUGUCCAGCCAUGAAAGAGGUUUAGAUGUACAGUACAUCCCAUAAUCCUGCAAACCAUGACGACUUCAG